ACACUGACCCAUCUAAUUUCGGUCUAGGGUUAGAAUUCAUGGAAGACGCACAGCAGAAUUUCAAUCUCCCUUCGCUCUCGUUCUUUCUCCGAAUCUGCCUUUUCUUUUUCCUCUGAAACUGAAGAUGGCGCCGAUGAUUCAGGGAGUGGCUGCUGUCACAUUGUCCGCUGCAUCAGGUUUCAUUCGUACGGACAGAUGUAUUCUCUACACGGUUUUCCGAUGUUCCUCUCUUUCGUUUUGUCGGAGGUUGACUUAUUCCGCAGUUAGAGACUGCGACAGUUCGUACAGAGAACGAUUGAGGUGUGGGUUUGCUAAUGGUAAUGUUGAUGAUGCCGUUGCUUUGUUCCAUCAAAUGGUAAUGUCUAGCCCCCUCCCUUCAAUUCUCGAUUUCAAUAACUUAUUGAGUACGAUUUCCAAGAUGGAACGGUACGAUAUCGUGAUUUCUCUUUGUAAGAGAAUUGAAUUGCUCACGGUUUCACAUGAUCUCUGCACUUUGAACAUUCUAAUAAACUGUUUCUGCCGCUCUGGACAAGUAGUCAUAGGUUUUUCAGUAUUGGGAAAGAUCAUGAAAUUGGGUUAUGAGCCUACUGAUGUCACAUUCAAUACCAUCAUCAAUGGAUUCUGCAUCAGAGGUAACAUUUCCGCAGCAUUAGAUUUAAUGGAGCGAAUGCUGGAUGUGGGACGAAAACCUAAUGUCGUAGCAUUUACUACGGUCAUCAAGGAACUUUGUCUCCAGAGUAGAAUUCAUGAAGCUGUCACUUUGCUUGAUCGGAUGGCAGAGAAAGGCUGUCAACCCAACAUAAUUACUUAUGGUGCUAUUAUAAAUGGCAUUUGCAAGUUAGGGGAUUCUUCUUUAGCUUUGAAUUUGAUCAAGAAAAUGGAGGAAAAGCAUAUGAUGGUGGAUGUCGUAAUUUAUAGUAUGAUUAUCAAUCGUCUCUGCAAAUGUGGAAAAAUAGAUGGUGCACUUAACGUUUUUAGCAAGAUGGAUGAUCGAGGAGUUGCACCAGAUGUUGUUACCUAUACCGUUUUGAUAAACGGACUUUGUAGUUCCAAUAGAUGGAAUGAUGCCUCGCGGUUAUUGAAAAAUAUGGUCGAAAGGAAAAUCAUGCCGAAUGUUGUUACUUUCACUGGAUUAAUCAAUUAUUUUAUUAAAGAGAGAAAGUUUUUAGAGGCGGAGGAACUAUAUGAGAAGAUGAUCCAAAGAGGUUUGGUUCCAAAUACCGUCACUUAUACUUCGUUGAUUGAUGGGUUGUGCAUGCAGAAUUGUGUUGAUGAGGCGAGACAAAUGUUCGAUUCUAUGGUUACCAAGGGAUGUUUUCCAAACGUAGUGACAUUCGGUGCUCUCAUAAAUGGGUACUGCAAAUCCGACAGAGCAGAUGAGGGUAUGAAACUCUUAACCGAGAUGUCUCAAAGAGGAUUGGUGGCUAAUACAUGUGUUUACAACACUCUCAUCCAAGGGUUUUGUCGAGAAGGCAACCUUGAUGUUGCUAAAAAACUUUUCCUAGAGAUGCAAUAUCUUGGUCCUCGUCCUGAUCGUAUAACUUAUAAAGUUAUGCUUGAUGGUCUAUGCAAAAAUGGAAAACUAGAAGAGGCAUUGGAAUUAUAUGACAAGAUGGAAAAGAGUGGGUUCGACCUCGAUAUAGUUGCACAUAAUGUUAUCAUCCAUGGCUUGUGUAAAACUGAGAAAGUUGACGAGGCAAUGGUGUUGUUUAAUCUGCUUGUCUUUAAAGGGGUGGAACCGGAUGUUAUGACAUAUAAUAUAAUCAUCUCCGGACUUUGUGAAAAAGGUUUACUCGGUGAAGUCCAAAAGUUGGUCAGAGAUAUGAAAGAGGGUGGUUGUUUGCUGAAUGAUCGCAUUUAUAACACAAUCAUACGAGGUCAUCUGAGGCAUGGUUCUACAUCAGAUGUUAUCGAGCUAAUACGAGAAAUGCGAAGAUGUGGAUUUUCUGCUGAUGCAUCGACCACGAGUAUGAUAGUAGAUAUGUUAAUCGACGGUCAAUUGGAUAAAGGAUUUCUGGAUCUUCUCUCCUAGUGCCUCUCUUUAUUUUCUGUCAUGGAAACCACAAAGAGACAAAUCUGGUCAGAUGAUGUAAUGUUCGAAUGAGGCACCGUCUUGGACCAAACUACGUGCAGCUUCUGGUCAAUGCUCCCAAGUACGCUCACCACAACCACCACCACGUUGUUAAGGUGAAUUAC